AUGAGAAUAAUUGAUUUUGGAGACUUUUGUGUAAAAACAUUGGAAAAUGUGAUCCUUAUGGAGAAGAUAAACAUUAUUGGCGACUGCAUGGAGGCGAUCCAUCACGAGGCAGUGAAGAGAGGAGCGGUGGUGCCUCUAGAUAGAUUACAGGAGAUGGUUGGUGUGAAGACAAAGCCUUGUGAGUAUGAAAUUGUGAAGAAUAUUGCAAAAGGCGGGUAUGGCGAGGUUUUUCUUGUGAGAAGAGAGAAGGUGUAUGCAAUGAAAAGGGUUGCCAAGGAGCUUGUGCUAAAGCAGCCUCAUACUGCAUUGUUUAUGGCGGAGAGGGAGGUGAUGGUUGGCAGUAUUGGAAGUGAAUGGCUUGUAAGCGCCCACCUAACGAUGCAAGAUGACGAGUAUUUGUAUUACUUGAUGGACUUUGUGCCUGGGGGAGACUUUAUGGGUUUGCUGUCGAAGGAGGAUGUGCUUGAGGAGAGCUGGGUGAAGUUCUACGCAGCAGAGAUAGUGCAGGCCCUGGAUGAGUUGCACAAACUUGGAUGGAUCCACAGGGAUUUGAAGCCAGACAAUAUAUUGAUAGGUGCGGAUGGUCAUGUGAAACUAGCAGAUUUUGGAAGUUGUAUUAGGAUGGUUAAUGGCAAGGCAAGAUCUGCAAUUACAGUUGGAACACCUGACUAUGUCUCACCUGAUGUGCUGUGCUCUGUGAAUGAGGAAUGUGAGUAUGGAGAGGAUGUGGACUUUUGGACGCUUGGAGUGAUUAUCUAUGAGAUGGUGUAUGGGACUACGCCAUUCUAUUCAGAAACACUGAUGGAAACAUAUAAAAGAAUAACAAAGGUUGAGUUUGUAUUUCCAUUUAAGAUAUCUGCAGAUCUGACUGAUCUGAUUACAAGGUUGAUAACCACUAGAGAGCAAAGGUUUAGGAUAGAAGAUAUAAAGAAACAUCCGUUUUUCAAUGGAAUUGAUUGGGAAAGAGUCAAAGAGCUGGUACCGCCAUUUAUUCCUGAGAUAAAGGACGAUCUUGAUACGUCGCAUUUUGUAGAUACGCAUUUUGAUGCAGAGAAAGGAGGAGGCGAUGGAAACGGAAAUUAUGUGCCUUUUGUGGGAUUUACAUUUGAUCCGUUGUUUGUGCAAAGAUUUAAGGAUAUUUUGAGGAAUGAAAUUACUGCUGAUGAGGAGAAGAAGUAUACUGAUAAGUUGAAGAGCAAGGAUGCAGAGUAUGAGCAGAGUUUACAGAUGCUGUCAAUGGAAAUAUGUGAAAGUGGUAAAAAAUUGAGUGGGUGUAAUGAUGAGUUGUGUGAGGUUGAGAAAAAGCUGAUGAAUGCAAAGACAUUGUUAAAGGAAGCAGAGGAUGAAACAUUGAAGCAUCAAGACGAGCUGAAAAUAGUGCUUAUGCAAUUGCUUACAGAGAGGGAAGAGCUAGAUGAGAUGAGGGUCGAGUUAGAACGAUGCAAGAAGAACCUGAAGAGCAUCAAUGAAGAUAUAUGUGAUGGCAGAAUGAUUUCUGAAGAACUCCUGCUUGCAGAGAGUAAGUCUGGGGUGAGUAAGCAAGAGAUGGAUGAAAUUCGAAGGAGUUGGCAUGCAGUGAAGAACGAGAGUAAUGAAAUAGAAAGCCUGGUUGCAGAUGUGGAAUCUAUAAUUAGCAAGUUAUGGAUGAAGAGCAAAUGGAUGAGAUCUGAGGUUGAGAUGUAUAAGGAGAAGUAUGGCAGUGCAGUUGAGACAACGAUUAGAUUAGAGACAGAAAACAAAAUAAUGGCUGAGAAGCUAAAGGCCGAAGGCCUUGAUGGAUUGCGAAGACAGCUCCGUGCCAGGAUAGCAGAUGUGAAGGAAUAUGAGCAGAAACUGAACCAAGAGAUUCUUUUCAGAAAGAGCAUUGAAGAAGAGUUAAAUUUUCUGAAGAAGGAGAAGUGCAGAGAGCGAAUAAAAAAUGUUAAGCAACAAUUUUCAUGUAGUAUUGUUGGAGGAGAUGGAUGCACAGUUGUGAUAAGGAUUGAGGAUGAUAAAUUCUGGAUUGGAGACGAGUCUCAAUACAGCUGCAAUGUGUAUGUUGGAGAGCUAAGACCGAAUGAGCUUCAUCAUCUUGCACAGAAGAAGGUGUCUUUGACAUUGAGAAUUGUGUUUAUGAAUGAAGAGGUAAAGAGUGUCAGCUCAUCUGGAAGACGAAGUCUUCGGUCAUUGGAAGAGGACCUGAAUACUGAAAUAGCGAUUAAAGAUGGAAUAGAAAAGAUCAAGGUGCUUCUGCAAGGAAAGACACUUGAUGAAGCAAACAUGCAGCUUGAAGGAUCAAAUAGAAAGAUCGCACAGCUAAUGACAGAGAUAGAAAGAAGUAGACGGAGUACAAUAGUGGAGGCAAUUCCAGAUGAUCCAGUUAAGAUUUACGAAUUCAACAACCAUCUGUUCACAAAUAAAACAGUACCUCAAGGGACCUUGUGUGACUUCUGUAAUGAAGUGCUUUAUGGUGUUGUAAACCAAGGGUUUGAAUGUAGAGACUGCAAAAUGACUGUUCAUAAAUCCUGCUAUGUCCUUGGUGAUGUUUCAUGUGAGUUGUAUUCUGCCCUGAAGACCGGUAAGACAUACUAUGUUACCAUGAGAACACUUGAAGAGAAGGAAAAACUGCUAAAAGCAUGCUCUGGAUACUGA